CGUCACCUCUGCCAUGUCCUCCUCGUCCUCCUCCUCCCGCAUCCUCCCGCCCAAGCGUCCCCAGAACCCUAACCCUAACCCUAAUUCUAUCCCCAGCUGCGUCUGCAACCACACCCCCUCCGCCCCCCUCGACCUCCUCAUCCUCCUCCUCGUCCUCUCCUCCCUCGCCUUCCUCCUCGCCUCCUCCCUCGCCCACAUCGCCCGCGCCCUCUCCCCCUUCCUCUCCCCCCUCGCCGCUGCCGCCCGCGCCGCGCCCCUCCCCCACCUGGCCGCCGCCUCCGCCCUCCUCCUCCUCCUCCCCGCGGCCGCCGCCGCCGCCCUCGCCUGCGCCGGCGCCGGAGCCUGCCGCCGGCGCCGCCGCUGCCGCAACCCGCGCUGCCUCGGCCUCAAGAAGGCGCUCGAGUUCGACGUCCAGCUCCAGACCGAGGAGUCGCUCCGCUCGGGCGGCGGCGGGGGCGGCGGCGGCGGCGGCGGCGAUUCGGCAUCUGCUGCUGUGUGGAGGGAGAUCGAUGCGUUGCCGUGGAAGGGCGGACAGGGCGGGAGCAACCCGGACUACGAGUGCCUCCGCGCGGAGCUCAGGAAGGUGGCGCCACCCAACGGCCGCGCCGUACUGCUCUUCCGCGCCCGGUGCGGGUGCCCCGUCACCAAGCUCGAGGCCUGGGGGACCAAGCGUGGCCGCCGACGUAAGAAGGGCAUGUCAAAUUUGGCGCUCGAAGGGGGAGAGCGGUGAUUAUGUUGGCACAUUCCGUUAAUUUCUUCCCUUAUGCCUUUUUUUUCUUUUUUUUUUCUUUUGGGGUCCCGCCUUUUCUUUCAUUGUGCCUUGCAUCAGUAUAUCUUGAACAUGAUCAUGCUAUCGGGACAAUAAGAAAGAGACUGAAGCAAGCAAACUGUUCCAAAGAAAGGUUACAGAGUCUCAGACAGAACAUUGCUUCUACUUAGGAUUGAAAGGGAGAUAGGUGAUUCAUGGUAUAAACACGAAUAAGUAGGAGAUCAAAGGUGUAAAUUAUUAUCUGCUAUGUUUCUAUUCUAUAGUCAUUUCCGCUUUCAGACUCU